AAGUGUGUUUUAGUUUGUGAUCGCUUGUAGCCGGCGUUGGACCGGUUUUUGUUUUUAUUGUGUUUUAUUACCACAUCACCUAUCAGUGUGAUGUAAUAAAGGUCUGCUUCUGGUUCAUUCACUGGCAUUAUCACUAUUAACUACAAGUCAUUAAUCUACUAGUGGAUAAAAUUGAAGUUUGUCAACAUGGUGAAAGCAGUAGCUGUUAUCACUAUAAGUGAUACUUGCUUUAAAGACAACACAAAAGACACCGCAGGGCCAGCAUUAGCUGACUUUGUUAAAGAGUUGUUUCCGGAGGCAAAUCUCCACACUAUUAUCAUCCCGGAUGAAAAGGAAAUUAUUGAAAGGGAGUUAAAAUACUUUUGUGAAACAAAUUUAGAUUUGGUUUUAACAACAGGCGGGACUGGGCUAACACCUAGAGAUGUAACUCCAGAAGCUACAAAAGCGGUUAUCCAGAGAGAAGUCCCCGGUAUCACUAUAGCGGUCACUUUAGCCAGUUUGAAGAAAACUCCAAUGGCUCAACUAUCUCGUUCCGUAGCAGGUAUUCGGGACAAGACUCUGAUUGUCAACUUCCCAGGGAGCAAGAAAGCGGUCACAGAAUGCUUUGAGGUUGUCAAACCGAUCUUACCGCAUGCAAUCUCUUUGAUACACAACGAGGUAGCAGAAAUUAGUUACAUCCAUAAUUCCAUGCAGUUCAACCAUACUUGUACGCAUAGCAGCAACGUGGAUGUGUCUAAAGUGGCCCUCAGGCCUCGGGAGUCUCCAUUCCCAAUGCUGGAGAUGGCUGAAGCGUGGAAACAUGUUGAUGACGUCAUGUCGGAAUGGAAGGAGAGGCUUAAGAUAGUUACUAUUGAAGAAGGUUUAGGCAAAGUUGUUGCGCAGACUCUGUAUGCUAAGGAACCCAUGCCACCAUUCCCAGCUUCAGUUAAAGAUGGAUACGCCUGCCUGAGUAUAGACGGUGCUGGAGUGCGUCGUGUCCGUAUCGCGGUGACGGCGGGCGACGCGCCCACCGCACCGCUGUGCGCCGGCGAGUGUGCGCGCGUCAACACCGGCGCCGCACUGCCGGCCGGGGCUGACUGCGUAGUACAGGUGGAAGACACAAGACUAGUAUCGGCAUCAGAGGAUGGUCAGACGGAGUUGGAAGUGGAGAUACUGAAGGCUCCAGAACCACAGCAGGAUGUCAGGAGUGUCGGCUUUGAUAUACCCAUGGGAACCGUGCUGGUCGACAAAGGUCAAAUACUAGAUUCGGCAAAGAUCGGAAUACUAGCAGGAGCAGGUUAUCAAAAUGUUACUGUGCGAGCGCCUCCCAAGGUGGCGUUACUUUCCACGGGUAAUGAGCUUCAAGAGCCAUCUGAAGUUAAACUGAAGCCGGCGCACAUUCGAGACUCCAACCGAACCAUGCUCAGAGUAUUGCUCAAAGAACAUGGCUACGACAGUAUCGACUGCGGCAUCGCUCGCGACACGCCGCCCGAGAUCGUGGCGGGGAUAGCGGCCGCGCUCAAGCUGGCCGACGUGCUCGUCUGUACCGGGGGAGUGUCCAUGGGCGAGAAGGAUCUGUUGAAGCCUGUGCUGCUUAAGGACUUUAACGCGACUCUCCACUACGGGCGCGUGCGCAUGAAGCCCGGCAAGCCGAGUACGUUCGCCACCUGCGAGUUUGAGGGCAAGAAGAAAUACAUAUUUGCUUUACCCGGUAACCCAGUGUCAGCAUACGUGUGCGCACUCCUGUUCGUGAUCCGCGCGCUGCGCGUGUCAUGCGGGGUGCGCGGCGCAUGGCCCCGCAUGCGCGUGCGUCUCGCACAUGCGGCGCAGCUCGACCCACGACCGGAAUACGCACGAGCCUCGCUUACCAUGUCGCCUGAUGGAGAUAUGCCCAGUGCUACCAUGCUUGGAAGCCAGUGCAGCAGCCGCCUCCUGAGCGCCUGCGGGGCCAACGUGUUGCUAGAGCUCCCGGCGGCCACGGACUCGCAGCAGCGGCUGCCGGCCGGGGCCGUGGUGACCGCGCUCAUCACUGGACGACUGGACAUUGCCUCAUAAGACAACAUUACUUAACACCAUAAACGUAAAUGUGUAGACAGACCGCCGAUUGUCAUGCUGUACGAGCUAUGACAGCUAUACCAGCCAUAUUCAACCUUUUUGCUAUAGGGGCCAAAAACACUUGUCAGGAAAAAAAAUAGAUUUCCUAAUUCGAACGCAAUGAGGGCGUAAUGUAAAAAGGUUUUCAAUAAAUUUGUAACUACAGUUGGGCCAAUAACAAAGGCGGGCCGCAUGUUGAAUAUAGCUGAAGUACACGGUAAUUACGCGUAGCGAGUAUUAAGUAGUAAGUGCCUAUUCCUCAAUAGGCACUCGGCGGCUAACUAUAUGUUUGAUUUGAAUGCGGCCUUAUACUUUUUAAAUCGGUCACCGGUGACCUAUGCGGCGUUCAAUCUUAACUAGAUUUCUUAUCAGCCAGACUUAAAAAUUGAGUAUGAAAAGUGUACCAAGAUAUAAAACUGAAGUCGGCUGCGUCUUUACGAAGUAGAACUGUAGCACAAAAAAAUAAUAAUUAGCAAUGCACAUCUAUUUGGCUGUAGUGAUAAAAUCUCGUGAAUUAUCUUAAUAGUAAAAAAUGAUAUUCACCACUGUUAGUGAAUCUCAAAUAAAUCUAUACAUGUGUAGGUGUAACUUUAACUUUGUCGGCAGAAGAGAAAAUGCGUUAUUUUUAUAAAUUUUUUGUAGAAAAUUAGAUCUGAUUAAUCGUUACAAAGUAGGAAGUGCACUUUAUAACAAAUAGUAAGAUACAUUUCACAUUAGGUAUGUAUUACUUUAUAUCAAUUUAGAAUAAGCGAAAUAUAUUUUUAUAGUUCACUGUUGGUGCAGGUGUACUUAUUUGCUGCACUUAAUAAAUUUAAUUCAAACA